UAAAUCUUAAAUUAAUUCAUGGGUCGUAUGUAAGCUAAGGGAAAGGGAAAGGGUAUUUCUGGUUCAGCCCUCCCAUAUAAAAGAAAAGCACCAAAAUGGUUGACCUUAUCAUCUAAAUCAAUCGUUGAUUAAAUUGUUAAUUUAGCUAAGAAAGGUUUCGUUUUACAUUAAUGCAAUUUUUAUAGGUUUGAAUGGAUCUCAAAUUGGAGUUUAUUUAAGAGAUUAAUAAGGUAUCCCUUAAACCAGAUUCUUAACAGGUUAAAAGAUUUUAAGAAUCUUAAAGAAAAGAGGUAUAGCAAUAAUUAAAAUUUUAGGUUGUGCUCCAAAAAUCCCUGAAGAUUUAUAUGCCUUAAUUAAAAAGGCUGUUUAAAUUAGAAAGCAUUUGGAGAAGAAUAGAGGUGAUAUUACAAGCAAAUUCAGAUUGAUUUUGGUUGAAAGUAGAAUCCAUAGACUUAGCAGAUAUUAUAGAAGAACCCAAAAAUUACCAUCAAAUUGGAAAUAGUAUAAAUUUGUUAUUAUCUUAAAGUGUCUCAAAGACAGCUUCUGCCUUAAUUGGUUAAUGAGUUAGAAUAUAAAUACAAUAAUGCAUAUAUUUUAAUAUUUUA